CCAAGAAAGUUUUGUAGUGAUGAGAAGCAGUGAUUUGGGUGAAUGAAUAAUUCAAUGAAAAGAUAAGUGAUUCAUCUGUUAUGAGAAGAGAGAAUGUAUUGGUUAUAAUAAGCAUGAUCCAGCGAUAGAAGAGGCGAUUCUUGGAAAAUGAGUGCUUUGCUUGAGGAGAAGGAACUUGCUGAGGCUGGCGAGUUCCUCAGUAAAUAUGUCGCUGAACAUGGGGACUCACAGGAUUCUGUUCUUGUAAGACCGAACUGUUACUGCAUGACAGCGGAUGAAAUUGAAGGAGAAAUAAUCGAUCUGGUCUUGGCAUACCUAUCAAAGAGGAAUUGCGGAUCGGCAUUAAAAUCAGCAUUGGCCCAUGAAACAGUUGUGGAAAUAUUGAAUGGAAAUUUAGAGAAAUUUGAGCAAGGCGAAGAUGUUCAUUUGCCUUCAGAGGAUUCUACUGUUAAAAAAUAUGAUGCGAUCAGUGUUGCCAAGGCAGUGUUUAACCAUUUGUACACGAUAAGUGACCGAUGGACAGCUAACCUUCCCAAGUUGCACAAAAACAGGUUCUCAUAUGAAAUCAGUUUCGAGGCAAUCAAGAACAAAAGAAGGAAAAUGGAGGACAAACAUUUCAUUAUGCCUGACUUCAAUACCCUUCAUGGUCUGGGUGCCCAAUACCCAAACCAAGCUCUGUUUUCUGUCUUCGAUGGACACGGAGGGGUUGAUGCUGCCUGUUAUGCUGCCAGUCAGUUCCACUGCAAUUUGAAGAAAUUUGAAAAACUGAGCACGCAGCCACUGGAAGCUUUGCGAUAUGCAUUCACCAAAACCGACUCUGAAUUUAUUGUCAAGGCCAAGCAAGAGAGGCUAAAAAGCGGAUCGACUGGAGUGGUUGUGCUGAUCCAAAAUGACACUAUGUACACGGCCUGGGUUGGUGAUUCACAAGCUGUCCUGGGCAAGAAUGGUGUGCCAAUCAAAUUGAUGGAACCGCAUAAACCCGAACGCGAGGAUGAGCGACGUCGAAUCGAGGAUCUUGGUGGCUGCGUUGUUUGGUUCGGAGGCUGGCGUGUGAAUGGAAGUUUGGCUGUUUCGCGGGCGAUUGGAGAUUACGAGCAGAAACCUUUCGUUUCAUCAGAUGCAGACAUUUCGCAAUAUCACUUUGAAGGUGAUGAAGACUACAUCAUAAUUGCCUGCGAUGGAUUGUGGGAUACAGUUAGUGAUGAAACAGCCAUUGAAUUGAUCGACAGUCACAUAAAAAAUGGCCACGAACGGUCGGAAUGCGCGAGUAUGCUCGCAACAGAAGCCAAAGCCCGCGGGUCCAUGGAUAAUAUCAGCGUUAUUGUCGUCUUUCUUGAUAGCCAUAAGAAAACGCAUUCAAAGCAAGAGAAUGAAACACUAAUUGAUGUAGCAAAUACCAAUACACAACAGACACAAGAAGAUGUAGGCCCAAGGAUAGAGGGAGCGCAAUUAGAGGGUACCGUAGCAGAUGACUCGACGGUGAGUACUGAAAAUCUAGGCAUGACAGUGAAUGCGACAGAAAGCUCAUUGGAAGUCAAAGGGAGUGAACCCAUAAUAGACAGUGUAGAAUUGGAAGGAAGUGAAACAAACAUUAAAGAUGAUAAUUUUAAAUCCAGCUGAAAGCUUUAUUUCGCUACCAUUUUUAUAUUGAAGGGGGGGAAGCGUCUUGUGUGCGAUUUUUUGUGGGUGGGGGUCUGUUUGACUACUACAGCUGUUAGUUUUAGGGCGAAUCUAGGAUGCAUUUGGUUGAUCCGCCCAUGUGAACUGCCCUAAAGAGCGAUGGCUUAGAUGCAUUUACCAGUCUUGAUUUUUAUUAACAUUCAUGGUGAAAAGUGAUUUGUGUAUAAGACACGUUCUCAAUGGGAACAACGCUGACAAUAUUUACAUACGCAGCCUGUAUUGUGAAGAUAAAUUUUAAUAUGUGUAAUUUUAUAUGACAGAGAUAAAUAUACGGUAAAUUCUUACAUUAUGACGAAA